UUAUUCUCAUGAUUUAAACGAAUGAUUUAUUAAAUCAACGAGCAGAGAACUGACCUUGCAAAAAAUUCUUCUAUCCUUUGUUCUCGUCACUGUCAAUGCCAGUAUAUCAAUAUUGUUCAUGGCAGAAAAAACAAGUUUUAUGUACGGAACUGUAUUUUAUAAUGGAAAUCAAUAGAAAUAAAGAAGCCUUUGGAGCUGUAAGCACCACUGUCCUGGUUGACUGCAAGACGAUGCAGAUCAACCUCCAUACACGCGGUGCACAAUAACCUGCGAAGCUAUUAAUAAUCUAACCUAACCCUUUUAAUCGCCUCUAUUUUAAGAGGCCGGCCACUUUCUUUAAAGGCUUCCGCUGGCCAUGAUUGUGGCCGUUGUCAGCGGUGCUUCAGCAGGCGCUAUGGAUUCGGCUUAAGCUAUAAGGCCUUCUACUCGUACCUUAGCACGAAUGCCCAUGGCCCCUAGUGACACUUUUUAUCCUCUUUCUAACUGUUCCAUUCGUUACCUCUGGUUUUUGUAAUAUUCUUAGCACCAUUUUUGUUGAACAAAUUAAUUGAAACUUCAUGCAUCUUUAAGUAGUGAUAAGAGUUUACAGUAGCUAUAGUCCAUUCUCGACGCGACUACUCAGAGAACAGGCUUUUCUACUUUAAGAUCCAACUAACUACAUUCUAACAAUAUUGUAGCAUACGUGUUCUCCAUGAUAAUAUCAUUCGGUCAGGUUGAGUUAAAUGUGAACUCUAAGCCUUUGCCCGUCGACACUUUCUACAGUUAGUUAUAACCCUAGUUAAAGGGGUGUAGUAAGUAAUGUGCACAAUAACAUUGAAGACGAUUAAAUUUAAAGAAACCAUUAAAUUUAGGAUGAACUGAGCUUGAAUAAUCUAUAUAUAAAGCGACAGUGACUGCAUUGUAGUGACUUCGCCAAUUACAAACCUCUAACGAAAAUAUCUAACAUAGUUAAAGAAAAAAAAAAAUCGAUAUAAAAGUAUUGCCUCGUUUAUCCACGUAAUGCCUUGUACUGGAUUACAAAGCAGUUACUACGCACCCCUCACAUGCUUAAGCUGUUGCCUAGAGACGCCAGUUCUCUUCCAUUUCGAAACGCAGGAGAAAGGCAACGCCUAUCGAAGCUCUCAGCUGUUUCAGGCCUGUAGCUGACAUUAGAAGUUUGUGUUGGAUCGAACGUAUGCAGCACCGAUUAAAUUACAAAGAUAUUGACAGAAUAUUUGGUUCUGUGUGUUCACGAUUAAGGAUAUUAAAGUGAAUCAUUUUGGACCUAAGUAAAUUUAGAAAAGAAAAACAGUGCUUCGUACAGUUUUGUUUGAAAAUGUUCAAAGUCCCUCUUUAUAACGGAGUGACAACAAAUUGUUCGCCCGUCGAGUCUAAUGCAUCGCUUAACAAGGAUGCGCCCUUAUCGAUUUAGCUGCACACGAACCGUUGUGGUCGGACCGUAACUGAUACGACAGCUAUGGCCAAACUGCUUUUGUUUGGUUGGCAGAUUUUGUGGUUGUGCUAUGGAGUUUCUACACUGGACUUUUUCAUAUUUGCGUUGCAGUAUCCAGUUGGAUAUUGUAAAGUUACAGUCAAGAAUAGGUGUCGUGAGCAUAACAUGCGAGAACACUUUACAAUUCAUGGUCUUUGGCCGGGGUCGACGGCACCACAUGCUAAGACUGAAAAUUGUCACCCCUAUGAACACUUCAAUGUAGAAGAUCUUACUCCAAUACGCACUCGUCUGGAAGAGAUAUGGCCAUCAAUGAAGUCUCACAAUCCUGCACAGUUUUGGGCCCAUGAGUGGAAAAAGCAUGGCACUUGUGGUGUCUCGGUUCCUGGGCUUACCGGAUUUUUAAGUUUCUUCAACACGACGUUGGCAUUGUAUGAACGCUUCAACCUGACCCAGUUCCUCGAAAAUGACGACAUCCUGCCGUCAGCAGCAACUUCUUACGCUGUCGCGGAUGUCCAGCACGCCCUCAAGAACGAUCUCUAUUCAAAGGUUGAUUUAGUGUGUGAUCAAGCUAACAGUUUCGAGUACCCUGUACUCACGGAAGUACAUCUUUGUCUCAAUUUGGAUCUUCAACCUAUUGACUGCCCCUACAAAAAAGAACGUUGUGGAAAGGAUAGGAUGUUUUUGCUGCCCCUUAAGGAUGAUGAUCGCGUUCCAGGAACCAUCAGCGGGGCGCAAGACAGCCCCUAUAGGAAAAAAUCGAUGAGCGACUUCUCCACGUUCGGAGCUCAUAUUAUCGUUGCGAUAUUAGCAGCGCUGCAUAUCACCAGGCCUCGAGUGCUGCCCUGAUCCGGGAUUUGGUGUUUCUUAGAUCGCGAACGACCUUUUUUCAACUUAACAAGCGAUAUAAUGACAGCAAAGAGGAACUAGUUAUUAUUAGGCUCGCCUGUUAUACUUGGGCAAGCGAAUUAUCCGGGUUUCAACAACUUACUUACUUAUACUUAUUCAACAACAGGUUUUGAUCGAUUCUUGAAGGUUAAGCUGGAUUUUCCAAAUCCGAUGCAAUCACUCUUUAGGUGUAUUUGAAAAAUAAUAGCAACCUGAAAUCCAGCUGUAUUAAAUAUCUCUAGAAAUCUUUUAACUGUGUCAAAGAGGAUCAAGUGGUUCGACGCAUGUGCUGUGCUUUUAAGAAGAGAUCCUGAAUUAUAGGAACUUUUUAAAUUUUAGCUGCAGGUUCUAAAACUAGUUCACUGAUAUAAAGAUCAUAGUAAUUUCUCUACUUAUCAACUGGAAUAAGAUUUAACCACUAACUUCUGCCACCGACAAAAAGCGCCUACUACAUUGCAGCAAGCUUACAACACACAAUGAAGUUCAACGAGAAUGUGCGAUUUUAUUGUCGGAAUAAACGUCUGGAUUAAAAAUAGGAUUUGGCGUAGGUAGUUUUUUUUUUUUGAAAAACAUGUAUUGUACGCAAACAAUUAGGCGUAUUAAGUGUCAUUAACAGUAAAACCCUUGAAACUGAAUUGUUGUUUUUGCAAGAGUGUUUUUUUGAUAGUGACCUGAACUUCUCUCAUGACGAUUAGUAUCUGCAGUAUAAUCUCAUGCCUCGCCAGAGGCCAUUCAAUUUUAUUUUUGCUAGAAAUAAAUACAUCUGAGUUCUAGAUUUCUUUCUACCUUUGCACUGUAUUUAUUUCUCGAACAAGUUACGCAACGUUCUAACUUCCUGAAGGGAUUUUUUUGUCUGUAUACGUGAGAAUGAUGUGGUUAAGAAAGAAUACAUAGUGUCUUUCAAUUCAAUAGGUUCAGCCGAUAACUGUCGUUGCAUAAAUUGAUUGAAUCUUCCGUUAAUUUUGCUAAGAGAUAAUAAAUAUCAAGGUAUUAGGUUAAGACAACUACAUCUUGUCCCCCUAUAUGUAUAAGCUUGAGCUAUUUGUGUAAUGGUGAAUCUAUUACUCAAUUUCCUUUUUAUUUUUUUCUGUUACGCCAAAUCGUGUAAUAUCAUAGUUUAUCGACUGAGGUAGCAUUCGAUUACAGGCUAUUGUUCGCAAACACCAUUGAACGGUUAUUGGGGACGCCAGAAAUCCUACAACGACUGGUUAGAAAUAGAACAUUCGUUGAUGACGAAGCCUUAACGGGAGAUUUCUCUGCCGAUGUGAAAUAUAGUAUGAGAGCCUUAAACGAAAUGCUUUACAGUAGGUAAGGCACAGCAACAAAGACCUUCUAAUUGGUGCACAGGUUGAAGUGAGGAAAAAGCGGGUUACUCAGUGCCUUGUCCGCCUAUCAGGAAGAUUGUCUUUGCAUUUCAUUGCUUAUGAGGAUGCGUAAGUAAAUAUUUACAUAUGGUUAUAAACUUGCGGUUCUUAUUCUUGCCUCUUACGCUACACCAUGUAAUAGCUAGGGCGAUCCGAUGCAUGCCUAUUUUAAACCACUAAGCUCAAUUUCAAUAUUGCAACACUGCUAAACUUAGAACUCUUCUAUUUUAAGUACCUUUAACAUGGAAACGUGCUAAUUUGUCUAUCCGAGGUACUAACUUGUCGCAAGUUGGCAAAACAUUCGUACGUUGAUAUGGCCACCGCGACAGGAUAUCACAGGAAUAGACAGUAAAUUGUAUCAAUAAUAAUUGAAUAUUUUUGUUGCAAUAAUCAGACUAAGAACGUACCUUCCCAUUCAUAUACAUUGAACAUAUGUCAAUUAUAUUGAAUGCUGACUUUUGCAUUUUGCCAAGGAAGGCUGAAAUUGUCAGCGUGAAACCGCACUCGAUCUACCUGUACUCUUUACCGUACUCCAUGAUAGAUCCUAGAAUGUCACGCACGAUGAGUACUACACCACAACAAUAUAAAAGCAACAGGCUAAGCGGAAGUAAUAACAAUUAUAAUGGAUUGUUCCAUGCUCCCGCAAUCAGGCAUCUUCUGUUUAGGCCUUCUGUUUCGUUCGCGCUCAGCGUUGUCAAAACGAAAUUUCAUCGUGC